AUGCUGAAGGAAAUGAAUUCCUCACUGGGCCUUCCCAACUCAAACUUGCCCGUGGCUGAACAUUUAAUGAAAAACAACCUUUCCCUCUACCUUUCGGACACUUUCUUGCACGAAGACUUGGGCAAUCUGGAGAAUAUCCUGUUAACUAUCCGAGAGCCUUCCACCAUCGCCCUUACGGUAAUGUACACCAUAUCUUUCGUUGUUGGCUUCGUUGGCAACGUUAUGUCGAUCAAAGUGCUGACCAGCAAGAGGAAUAACAGGAUGCCCGGGGUGAGUGCCACUCGCAGUUUGCUCAUAAACCUGGCUGUCUGUGAUCUGAUGGUGGUCUGUGUGUGCAUGCCCACAACCCUGGGUUACCAAAUCUACAAAGCUUGGAUUUAUGGUGACUUCAUGUGCAGAGCGGCUCCUUUCACCCAGGCCGUGUCCGUCUCUGCCAGUGUCCUCAGCAUCACCGUUAUAAGUGUUAACAGGUACUAUAAUGUCCACAACCCAUUAAAUGCCAGAUCGUUCUUCACCUGGAGAAAAAUCUUUUGGACUAUUUUAGUGGUGUGGUUGUUGUCAUCUGGUAUCUGUCUACCUCUUAUUUUUAUGAACAAACUGGAAGUGAUUGAUCCUACAUUUGGGGUUCCCUUCUGCAGUGAAGUCUGGUCCCAAGUCAAGUUGAAGCAGGCCUACAAUUUCCUCCUCUUUUGCGCUCUCUAUGGAUUGCCUGUGCUAUUUAAUCUAGUGAUUUGCUUUCUCACUUGGCGCAGACUUUGGAGCACAUCCAGUCACUUCAAAGAGUGCGACUCCAGGAGUCAAUCCCUUCCAGCUUCGAGGUUGAAAAUUCGUAAAAAGAUUGCCAAAAUGGUGGUGGCUUUGGUGAUUCUGUUUGCCCUUUCAUGGUUACCUGUCUAUGUGGUUGACAUCUGGCUAGAUUUCAAUACUGAAGAUGCUUCAAGGGAUGAUGACACAUCUUCAGAGUGGAUCAUGCGUUUUAGACCAUUUGCCCAGUGGCUUGGUCUCACCAAUUCUUCUCUCAACCCAAUUUGCUAUUGCUUUGUUGGAGACCUGUACAGAUCAGCCAAGGAAAUAAAGAACAAAUAUAGAAGAACGCUUGUUUCUCUCUUUAACUAUUCCAUGUCUGAAGGCUCUACAAGGUCAUCCAUACCCAAACUUCUUUCCUACAAAGAAUCUUGUCAGAAACCCAAAAAAGAAUUAAAUUUCAUUGAGUCAAAAGAAGAAAAAUUUAAGGAUUGUUGUUCACCUCCUGGGAUUUCUGAGACAUCAUUGAGUACGUGCCACCCUGUUCCAAAACCUACUGUUGUAAUUGAUGAGAAGGACACCAGGAACAGGAAAUAG